AUGUCUCUUCCCAUCUCCGAUUCCGAGGAAGAGUUUCAGUCCUCAGAGGGAGACGUCGGAUGCAUCCCCGACACCCAGGCUCACGCUGCCGAGGUCCAAUCCGACAUCGAUUCGGAUACCCAACAUCAGCGCCGAAGCACCCGCGUCACCCGCAAACGUCUCGCCGGGUGGCCCAUUCACCGUAUCCUGGAAGCACUGUAUGCUCGAAAAAUCUCAGCCCCAGCUGGCCUCAACCAUGAGGAGCUAUUCGAGUUUCUCUCGAGUCACGAUAACCCAGAUGACGAGGCACACCGCAGCUCACGCGCCGCGGAUCCGGCCAGCGCUCCUCCAAAAAGCAAAGGCAAAGCCCCCGCAAAGAAGCGAUGUGCUCCGCCAGCCGCUCCGAGAACCGCGGACAAUUAUACACCAUCAAAAAAGCAGAAGCCACCAGGACACAGACCAUCCAUCGAAGCAACCAUCCUUUCAACGCUACAAGAUAUGAAAUCGUCCUUAAACGUCAUGAAUAUAAGGAUUCAAACUUUGGAAUCAAACGCCACCUUCCCACUGGCCAAUGUAAACACUCCCGGACCAUCCUCCGCUACUUCCUGGCCGGUGCAAGCGUGCGUACUUCCUGCUGACGUCACACCGCAAAGGACUCUGGGAACUGCAGUUCCAGCCCCAAGCGUGGGCACCAGGUUCUUCCCUCCAGCAGCAGCAAUUUCUGAUUCCCUCAGGAAUCACAUUCUAUCAGGCCACGAUGUCAAUCUUGUUAAGAUCAUCUUGGCCGGUUCAGAAACUGCGGACAAAAGAUACGUGGAUUGUGGGGACUUUUCAGUCGUUUUGAAAGACAGCGACCCCAGACUGUCAAAAUCACUAACUCUGGCGGAAUUCAACGUCGCCUUCGGCGUUUUCAGAGACACGAUAUGUGAGGAGGCUCCGGCCUACAAAAGAGGGGAAAUAAAUAUGAAGCAUCCAUCGACUCCUGUGAAUGUCCCUGCUCUCUCUUUGGCUCUGUCAAAACACCCAUGUGGAAGUUUUGUUAAUUACCUCAUCACCGGCUUGGUCCAAGGAUUUUUAGCAGGUUUAUGCUGGCUCCCAAAAGUGACCCAUGUAUGUAAAAACUUGCAGUCUGCAUGCAAAGAGCCAGAAGUGGUCGAUGAACUCCUAUCAAAAGAAGUAAAAAAAGGAUACAUGAUAGGUCCACUGUCAAAACUCCACUUUCCCAUCUUCAGAGUAAGCCCCAUAGGGAUCGCUACCAGGAAAUAUUCAAAUAAAAAACGUCUCAUCAUCGACCUCUCAGCUCCUCACAACUCUACAAUUCCUAGCAUAAACAGCCUAAUUCCCAAGGAACCGUUUUCUUUAUUCUACGCUUCUGUCGACAAUGCAGCAAAGAUGAUUAAAUUAGCAGGUGUCGGUGCAUGGCUAGGGAAGGCCGACAUUACCGAUGCUUUCAAAGUCCUUCCUCUUCACCCCUCUCAAUGGCACCUUUUUUGCGUUAAAUGGAAGUCAAAGUUUUAUUAUUCCGUAAAAUUGACGUUCGGUUGCCGCAGUAGCCCCUCCAUUUUUAACACUCUCUCAGAAGCACUAUGCUGGAUCCUUUACAACUCGUACAAACUCCCAUUUGUCCUCCAUCUGUUAGACGAUUUCCUGGUCAUAGACUUUCCCUCAUCACCACCAGCUCGCAACAUCACUGCACUUAGGAACCUCUUCAGCGAAUUAGGAGUUCCUCUCUCAGAAGAGAAAACAAUAGGCCCGUCCACCCGCCUGGAAUUUCUCGGCAUAACCCUCGACAGCUUACUCAUGCAAGCAUCUCUGCCACAAGACAAAUUGUCUCGCAUCAGAGCAGCUAUCAAAUACCGGUCGACUACUACCAUUAUCAGUAAAAGAGAUCUCUUAUCUCUACUAGGCCACCUCAAUUUCGCGAUGCGCAUAAUUCCACAUGGUCGUUCGUUCGUAUCUCGCUUAAUAGAAUUGGCUUAUUCUGUCCAGAAUCUAAAUGAUCCGGUGGUCCUAGAUGAAGGUUGUCAAUCAGAUCUGCGCUUCUGGUCCGUGUUAUGCGAAGAAUGGAAUGGUAUUUCAUUCUUCUACAAUGACCAGGUGGAAUCAUCAGAUUCCAUCAAAUUCUUUACCGAUGCCGCCCCUUCUGUUGGUUUUGGGGGAUUCUAUGACAAUCAAUGGUUUGCAGAUGUCUGGCCAAAUGAAAUCCAGCGCCUUAAUGACCAAUCCAAAUCCACAGCCCUUUAUGAGCUCUAUCCCAUUGUUGUGGCGUGCAUCCUAUGGGGAAAUAGUUGGGCUAGGAAACAAAUUACGGUGUUCUGUGAUAAUGCAGCAACGGUAGACAUCAUCAAUAAAGGCCGCUCAAAAACAUCGAUAAUAAAUUAUCUAAUGCGACGUCUAACCUGGGUGAGCGUUCUCAAUAAUUUCAUUUUGCGGGCUACUCAUAUUCCCGGGCACCAAAAUAGCAUAGCUGAUGCUCUUUCUCGUUUUAAAUUCCAGGAGUUCAAAGCUAUGUGUCCCCAGGCCAAACCCUCCAGCAUUCCAUGCCCUGCUUUCAAUCAGAUGAUCAUCAUUUGAACACGUCCAAGCCCCUACAGGAUCUGUUGCACUCUGCCUCUAACUAUAUGAGACUUGGUUUGGCAAAAAGCACUAUUAAAACAUAUGACUCAGCUUGGUUUUUCUACUCUUCCUUUUGCGCCAGCCUCCUCAUCAGUCCUCUACCAGCUAAAAUUCCAGUAGUUUGUGCUUUCAUCGUGAAUUCAUUCGAAUCCCGUAAUCUCAAAGCACAAAGUAUAAAAGCGAUGCUAGCAGGCAUUCAGUUUCAAAUGCGAUGUCAAGAUCCAGCCUCCCAAAGUCUUCUCACGAAUCCGUCCAUCCAGCUGAUCCUCAAUGGUCUUAAAAAGGCACGUCCCCCAGGCAACGACCAAAGACUACCUCUCACUAUUUCACUGGUGCACAAAUUGGUAUUAAGGUUAAGGCAGGGAAUUUUCUCACCAUAUAUUGAUUCAAUGCUGGAGGCUGUCCUGUUGAUGGCUUUUUUCGGGUUUCUAAGGUGUGGUGAAUACACGACAAGGACUCUUGCCUUUGAUCCCCAGCAUGACCUCACUCUCUCUGAUGUUACAAUAGAAGAGCACAUGUACUCAUUAUAUUUAAAACACUCCAAAACAGAUAGAUUUAGUUUAGGCACUUUAAUUUACAUUGCAGAAAAUAAUACUUCCUUCUGCCCCUUCUCUUCCAUGACAACAUUUCUCCAUCACCGUUCCCAAACCCAUCGAUUGGCACCUCUCUUCACCAUCGACGGACGCAAACCCAUGACGAGAUCCUGGUUCUCCACUAUGCUUCAUGAUCUCGUCCGGAGCUGCGGCCUACCACCCGAGCAUUAUUCGCCUCAUUCUUUAAGAAUUGGGGCCGCAACAACGGCGGCUCUACAUCUGCCUGCCGCCACGCUUAAAUCUCUGGGUCGCUGGUCAUCAUCCGCAUAUCAACGCUACGUCAGAUUCCAUAAAGAGGACAUUCUGCAAGCUCAAAAGAUCAUGAGUUCCUGCCCCCUGGAGCGUGAGUAAAGUAACAUAUUCUCCGGCUGGCCAUGCAUCUAUGGGGAAUGGCCACCCCACCAGAGCUGAGGCCUAAACGUCCGAACGCUAUUCCUGGCUCUCCCUUAGACAUUGCCUUUGAUCGUGGCAUAUAUCGCGCUCCUGUCCAUCCUGGGAGGGGGAUCCCUCACAUGCGGCUCUCUCUGAGGUUUCUACCUUUUCCCCUGUUAGAGGGGGUUUUUGGUAGUUUUUCCUUACUCUUGUCGAGGGUUAAGGACAGGAUGUUGCACUCGCUAAGCAGUGAACGAAUCAUAUUGUGAAUACCGCUGUUCAAACAAUACAUAUGAGUGAAGAAUGUGUACGUGCUUUGCAGCCAAAUUAUCGUUGCAUUUCAGGUGGUUUGCUGGACUUAGAGUGUUCAAUUCUGGGGUAUAGGUUGCCACGUGCCAAGUUCACAAUAUAUUCUCCUACAGCCAGGGCAGUUGGGGGGAACCUCACCAGGUAGUAUAUAUUCUCUCGCGACAAUGUGCCUACAGCGAAUGACCACACCACAGGGGUGCAUGGUAAGCAUCACAGUUUCACAGGUAGCAUAUUCUCCUGCAGGCAUGCGCCUAUGAAGAAUGCCUGCAGUGGCAGUGGCAUGGCACACAUAACAGGCUCACUAGGUAGCAUAUUCUCCAGCAGGCAUGCGCCUAUGGAGAAUGCCACACCGCAGUGGCAUGGAACACAUAACAGGCUCACUAGGUAGCAUAUUCUCCAGCAGGCAUGCGCCUAUGGAGAAUGCCACACCGCAGUGGCAUGGAACACAUAACAGGCUCACUAGGUAGCAUAUUCUCCUGCAGGCAUGCGCCUAUGGAGAAUGCCACACCGCAGUGGCAUGGAACACAUAACAGGCUCACUAGGUAGCAUAUUCUCCAGCAGGCAUGCGCCUAUGGAGAAUGCCACACCGCAGUGGCAUGGAACACAUAACAGGCUCACUAGGUAGCAUAUUCUCCAGCAGGCAUGCGCCUAUGGAGAAUGCCACACCGCAGUGGCAUGGAACACAUAACAGGCUCACUAGGUAGCAUAUUCUCCAGCAGGCAUGCGCCUAUGGAGAAUAGCCACACCGCAGUGGCAUGGAACACAUAACAGGCUCACUAGGUAGCAUAUUCUCCUGCAGGCAUGUGCCUAUGGAGAAUGCCACACUGCAGUGGCAUGGAACACAUAACAGGCUCACUAGGUAGCAUAUUCUCCUGCAGGCAUGGGCCUAUGGAGAAUAGCCACACUGCAGUGGCAUGGAACACAUAACAGGCUCACUAGGUAGCAUAUUCUCCUGCAGGCAUGGGCCUAUGGAGAAUAGCCACACUGCAGUGGCAUGGAACACAUAACAGGUUCACUAGGUAGCAUAUUCUCCUUCAGGCAUGGGCCUAUGGAGAAUAGCCACACCGCAGUGGCAUGGAACACAUAACAGGCUCACUAGGUAGCAUAUUCUCCUGCAGGCAUGGGCCUAUGGAGAAUAGCCACACUGCAGUGGCAUGGAACACAUAACAGGCUCACUAGGUAGCAUAUUCUCCUGCAGGCAUGGGCCUAUGGAGAAUAGCCACACUGCAGUGGCAUGGAACACAUAACAGGCUCAUUAGGUAGCAUUUUCUCUGGCAGGCAUGCGCCUAUUGAGAAUGGCCACACCGCGGCGGUGUAUGACACACACAUAGCAGAUACCGAUUCAUCCGUCAGGCUCCGAAUCUGUGCAGUGUUGGGGGGGUUACAGUAUUAGCUCAUCACUCCCAUGAUUCCUGUGUUGGCAUAUGGGGAGUGAUUAAGUUGGAGCCUAGACGCCAAACACAAACAUGCUCUACUGUGAAUAAUAAAUAUCUUAAUAAAUAAGAUAAAUAAUCAAA